CAGAUAAGGCGGUUAACUCGGUACUCCUUGUGUUUUUCACUCUGGGGAAACUGUUACCACCAAGAAACCAACCAGAAAACCAUGACAUCUUCCAUCUGCCUAUCCGUAUUUCCACCUUCCAAAACCCUAGCUCCGGCACCAUCCACUUCCAAGAGCCGCGGUUUCAGAUGUUCCCUCGUCGUCUCUGUCUCUAAGGGCCAUCAACGGACGAUGGGAAAGAAGCAUCAGGUGGUUUGUAUGGCUCCAGAGGAGGAGAAAUUGACUCGUCGCAAUCCCCUCGAUUUCCCCAUUGAGUGGGAGAGGCCAAAACCUGGGCGUAGACCUGACAUAUUCCCUCAGUUCAGCCCUAUGAAAACACCGUUACCGCCACCAAUGCCAUAUGAUCCUCCUGAAGAAGAUGAAGAAGAGGAAGAAAAGAAAGAGGAAGAGGAGGAAGAGGAAGAGCCCGAAAAGGAAGAAGAACCCGAUAAUCCCGAAAAGCAGUCCUGAGUGUAUUAGAUUUCCAAUUGUGGUUACCACUUGCUAAUGUGAUAUG